UACCUAGGAGAGCGAUACACAGAGCGGCGCGGAGCCACCGGCUCCCCGCUCCCGCUCCCGCGCGCCUUGGCCUGCGGGGCUGAGCACCCCUAGGGACCCCGAUCCCGGAAGGCGCGGCAGACACCGCCAGGAGCAUUUGCUGUCUCGUCCCUCGCCCCGCUCCGGGCUCUUCGGCAGGAGCCAUGAGCCAGAGGCAGGUCUUGCAAGUGUUUGAGCAGUACCAGAGAGCCCGGACCCAGUUCGUGCAGACGGUCGCGGAACUUGCCGCUCGGCCCCAGAACAUCGAGACCCUCCAAAACGCAGGUGUAAUGUCUUUGCUGAGGCCUCUUCUGCUGGAUGUGGUCCCAACUAUUCAACAGACGGCUGCUUUGGCUCUUGGGAGACUCGCCAAUUAUAAUGAUGACCUGGCAGAGGCAGUUGUUAAAGGAGACAUUCUUCCACAGCUUGUGUAUUCAUUGGCUGAGCAGAACCGUUUUUAUAAGAAAGCAGCUGCAUUUGUGUUAAGAGCAGUUGGUAAACAUUCUCCUCAACUUGCCCAAGCAAUAGUUGAUUGUGGAGCACUGGAUACACUUGUGAUUUGCUUGGAAGAUUUUGACCCAGGAGUAAAGGAAGCUGCAUCUUGGGCACUUGGAUAUAUUGCAAGACAUAAUUCAGAACUGUCACAGGCUGUGGUGGAUGCAGGAGCUGUUCCUCUUUUAGUACUCUGCAUCCUGGAGCCAGAAAUUGCUUUGAAAAGGAUUGCUGCUUCAGCCCUCAGUGAUAUUUCAAAGCAUUCUCCAGAGUUAGCACAGACGGUAGUAGAUGCAGGGGCUAUUGCCCACUUAGCUCAGAUGAUCCUGAACCCUGAUGCUAAACUGAAGCGUCAGGUGCUUUCAGCUCUAAGCCAAAUAGCAAAGCAUUCUGUGGAUCUUGCAGAAAUGGUGGUUGAAGCAGAAAUUUUCCCAGUUGUACUCACAUGCCUGAAGGACUCGGAUGAAUAUGUUAAGAAAAAUGCUGCAACUUUAAUUAGAGAGAUAGCAAAGCAUACGCCUGAGCUUUCACAGCUUAUAGUUAAUGCAGGAGGAAUUGCUGCUGUGAUUGAUUGUAUUGGCAACUGCAAAGGAAAUGUCAGGCUGCCUGGCAUCAUGAUGCUCGGUUAUGUAGCAGCUCAUUCAGAGAACCUGGCAAUGGCAGUGAUCAUCUCCAAGGGGGUGCCACAGCUGUCUAUCUGCUUGUCAGAAGAACAAGAAGAUCACAUUAAGGCAGCAGCUGCUUGGGCCUUGGGACAGAUUGGAAGACAUACUCCAGAGCAUGCACGUGCUGUUGCAGUAAUAAAUGUAUUACCAGUGCUGCUUUCCCUGUACAUGGAAACAGAAAGUUCAGAAGAUCUCCAAGUGAAAACUAAAAAGGCCUUAAAAAACAUCCUGCAGAAAUGUACAUAUUUGCCAGCACUUGAACCCUUGCUGCAUGAUGCUCCUCCCAAUAUUUUGAAAUAUGUCAUUGGGCAGUUUAGUAAGGUGCUACCGCAUGAUAGCAAAGCCCGACGUCUCUUUGUAACAAGUGGUGGACUUAAAAAGGUUCAAGAGAUAAAAGCUGAGCCUGGGUCACUUCUUCAAGAGUACAUCAACACUAUUAACAACUGCUACCCAGAGGAAAUUGUAAGGUAUUAUUCUCCUGGAUAUUCUGAAGCACUUCUGGAAAGGGUGGAAAAUUAUCAACCUGUUCUAUAAACUCUUCAUUUUUUCUGUUAUUAAAGGCCUUAUUUCACAUUUGUACUUUUAUGACAUUGCAAAUACAAUUUUGAAACUCUUGCCAGAUUCUAAAAUGCUCACCUUUCUGAACUAUUAAUCACCAUUAUAAAUCUUUUGUCAUUUUGAAGAAAUAAUCUUGACACCUUGAGGUAAGUUUAGAAAAGAGAUUCAGAAAAUAGAUUCUUCAAGUCAGGUGUUCAUUUUUUCCAAAAUCCAUAUCUUGUAGGGUGCUGAGGACUUUUAGGACGUUCUUGUGAAUUUUCUUUAACUCCUGUGUAGUCCAGCAAGCUGUAUUUUAUUAAUUAUAAAAUCAUUGCUUUCCAAAUUUUGCUCCUUCCUUUUUUUCUCUUUCCUCACUCAUCAAUGUAUUACCAUCCAAGAGUGGCAAUUUGUGACACACAGGCUAGGUACAAACAUUCAAAAAGAUUGAGGAGGAAUUGAUUUAAGUUCUAUGGUUUUCUGUAAGCAGUGUAGUUUAGAUCGGUAGCGAACAGAACACAUAUUUGCCCUUUGGUUGAGGGGGGGAUCUUAUACUGGGUUCUGCCGUUUAUAAACCAGUCUGUGUGCGUUGAACCUCUAUUCUGGUUCUGUUAUGGGUAUAGACCAGUUUUGUGUGCUGAACUUAUGUUCUGUUAUAGCUAUAGUGUGGUUUCCAAUUGCUCAUGUCAGUAAAAGUGGAAUGUUUGUACCUGGUCACAAACUCUGCAGAAUCAGUCCUUAUCCUUUACUUCCUCACAGAGAGUAAAUGGGACCAGGCUUUGCCCCUCUGCCCCCCUCCAGCAUUGGAACAAUUACUCCCUCUGUGCCUUUAUAUACAGUUUAAAGCAUCAUCUGUCAGGGACAACUUUGCUUUUUUAUUCUGUAGUCUGUGUUCUGUUCUGAAAUGUUCCCAACUCACUUUGGAAAGCAACAGGCUAUUUCUGCAAUGACAUUUGAGGUCUGAAGAUGGCUGCACCUCUACACUUACAGCAAGGCUAUCCUGAUCCACUGUAAUUGGAGUGGUAAUUACUGCACUCCAGCAGAUUCCAGCAUCAUGUGUAUCAGCAUUCUCACACUGAAAAAUGGUGGUGGGGGUGCUUUAACUAAAGCUUGUUUGAUGAGCUUUGGUUAAAGCACUCCCAGCACCAUUUUUCAGUGUGGGAACACUGAUAUCCAUGACACUCCGGGCAUUUUAAUUAGAGUGGAGGGAAGAGAUUCUCAGAGCCACUCUAAUUAAAGUGGACCCCCCUCGCCCUGGUGCAUACACACACACUCCUAAGAACACAUGUUUAAAUGCCCUUGGGACCUAAAAUAGACAAGCCAUUAGAUCUGACCACAAUAUAAGGGCCAUAUUCUGCCUUGUUUGGUGGAGGCAGCAUGGUGAAUGAGGGAUGCUAGCUAUUGCAUCCUGUACAGGAGUCCUGCAGGUCAAGGCAAGAUUUCUCAUGAAGGCAACGCAUCAUACUCACAUCUUUGAUUCUCUGAGGAGGGAGAGAGUGAGCAACCAGCAAAAACUUCCUGCAAGUGCACCAGGGACUAUCGCCUGUAAGGUCUUGUAAUAAUCAGAGCACUUUUAACCUAGCUGAAGAUAGUGAGAGCACCAAGGGUAUUCAGCAUCUGCUCAGUCACAAGUGACACAGGCAGACUCUGCAUGUGGUAUGUGACAGAUCAGGGAGGGGACAUGCAGCACAGCAGCAGAUAAGACAAGAAGCAUACAGCAAAGUAGAAGAUCAAACAGGAAGCACAGGGUAGGAUACAGAAACCAGAGCAGCAGACUGGGUAGCAGAAUGGUAUUGGAGUGGCACUUAGUGCAGGUACAGGGCUAAUUUGGUGCACACAUGCAAAAAAAGUUAGCUUUCACUGUGCUGCACCCAGGAGCCCACAGGACUGGUGCCAAGAAUAAUGUCUGUAAGGUACUCAGUACCUUAAAAAAGAAAUUAGGGGUACUGUUCUCAGUGAUUUAAGUGGGCAAAGUUGAGGUUUUUCCAGUGCUUGGAGACUAUCAGUAUUCUGUGGAAUUGGGUCCAAAGAACUCUGGAGCCUAGAUAGGGCCCGUCAUUGCAGAUCAGAUCCACUUGGAUAUGACCCACUCACUGGAGCAGUUUGGAAAGAUUUUACCCUGUUAUGUGGUAUGAAAAGACAAGUAGUGUAACAAAGGCAGCGGAACAACCUAAGUGCCAGCCUGGGGUGGGAAACUGGCAAAAAUAGCAGCAGCUGCUGUGCUGCUUGCCUGAUUGUUGGCAAUGCAGCAAAUGAAGCUGCACCCCUCCCCCCUCCCUCCAUGCCCAUGUUGCCCAGAGUGCUCAAGCACCCAGUUACAUCUCUGGAAAAUACUCUUAAUUUCUAUUUACCCUUCUUGUAUAUCAAUGCAGCACAGGGCAGCAGUUGCCCUUUAGUAUUAAUUAACUUACCUGGAAUUGUCUUUUGUUGUUCUUUUUGUAUUACUGUGUUCCUCGUUAACAUGUGAUGUUUUCUUUCAAAGAAUAUAACCAUUGUUUCUGGAAUAGAAUGCUGAAACAUUUGCAACUGUAAGGGAAGAUGGAGUUUAAGAACCCCUGCAGGAAAAAUAAGGUUUUUGACAUAAAUAAAAUGUGUCAAAUGAACUUUUUCCCUUCCUUAAAUAUGUUAAAUGACUGUUUAUAAAACAGGUAUAAUCUUUUCCAGGACUUAUAAAACAGGAGCAAAGCUUCACUGUAGUUGGAAAUGAUUUAGAGUGGGCUUCUUCUGCUGAAUUCUAAAUUACAGUACUAUGUUCUUUUAUACUUGUCAGCAUCUUUUUUAGCAGUUCAGAAAAAUAUCUCUGGGCUAUCUAAUGUAGAGGCCUAAUUCUGCAAAUGGCUGAAUGCUGCAAUGAGAUGUUGAGUGCUGUCAACUUCUAAAGUGCCUUGCAGUUAUGUAGCCCUAACUGAAAUGGAAACAGAAUAGGUCCAUGAAUUCAGAUGUUAAACCAUUUUAUAAACUGUACCAGCUGUGUUCUUUCUUUAGCCACACCAGAAUAAAAACACACUAAAAAGGC